AUGCCGUCCAAGUGCGCCGGGUUCGAAGAUCCUGCAUUUGGACCAGCCAGAGACUGCAUAUUUGCAAAAGAUGGACAUGGUGGCCGAGCAAAUGUCAUGAAGACCUCUAACGGCGGGCACUGCGUUUUCUGCAGCAUCCCUGCGCUGGGAAGAGCUCUCGAAUCACCUGCCGGCAAAAGGAACGUCGUAAGGCAACUGAAGCACUGGCGAGAAGCGGGAUCUCCGACAUACAAGUUCGCACUGGCCCACAGUUCGCUGGUGGUGCUGGAACCAGCGGAGCUGCUUUGGAUGCGCUUCUGUGCCGGAGAGCGCGCGAAGUUCGAUGUGAAGAGUAGCUGGCUGCAUAAGAAGACAAAGCGCCUGACGCACUUCGUUCUGGGACGGCCGGCCUUGAGAACUCCCAAACUUAGCAUGUCCGCAGAGAAGUUUGUGAGGCACUGCCGCUACUCCCGUAACCGCUACUACUUCCCCGACGACUUUCCCAGGAAUAACCACUGGAUUGAAUUGGUGGGCAAGGACGUCCUCUACAUGAAUGACUAUGGCAAGGAGAAACUGACGAAGUGGGAGCGUGCCAUUUUCAAGUUCAAGUGGAGCUGGAGUACCACCAUGCGAACUCAUCGACGGGUAUGGUGGAGAGCACGUCGGAAGAUCCGCGCGCUUCUAAGGAGCAACCGCAGGCGACGACAUCCGCCUUACGAACCUCUCGUCGCUUGGGCACUUGAGAAUAAGCUCAUAAAGCCGACGCGCUCCACAACCAAGAGGAAAUACCAAAAGCUGCUUGAUGAGUGCGCUUCGGGGAACGGACUUGAAGAUGCCGGAGCAGCUACAGACACCGAUGGCAGCCAAGGUCAAUCAAACACAAUCGAACUGUUUGCAGGUCCGCGACGGCAAGUACUCGUGGAUGCCAUGAUGAGGGAGAGUGAGGGCAGCCGAGUUCAGUCUAUCCGAUCUGCCCUCCCCCCCUUGUCUCCGGCUGCGGCGGCGAAAAUGUUGCGGUCUCAGAUGAUGCAAACGCCCAAGCAGAAAUUGCCAGCGGAGGAAUUCGCAAAAAGGCUGCAAGAAGCAGAGCGAGGACAAUCUACUUCCAAGAAGUUGGUGGCUGUCGUCACGCGCUGGGGCACGGCAAGCACCCUGAAGAAUUUCGCCCAGCCUUCCGAUCCGCUGUGGCAGGUGAUGGUAGAGCAUGUCGACGGACCGGGUGCCACAGGCUCUUUUGGCUUUCAUCUUAUGGCUACGCUGCAGGAGGCACUGGUCCAUCACCCAAAUCCCGAAGCCCGAGAUCUUCGAGGCCUGCGAAAACAUAUCAAAGUGAUUGUUCUGAAUGGCGCACCCUAUCCAGAUACAAGAGAAGAAACCCGUGCGCCAUGGGUCCCGAGUAUGUACGUCGCGGGGAACACGCCCCACGCAGUCUUCGAAGUGAUUCGCCUUGUGAUGGAAGAGAAGGUGCGGCAAAACCUGCUAACGCAGGUACCUCCAAAACUUCACGUUUCUUGGCAGCUCGGCAAGCCACCAGCGGAGCCACUACCGUCCCCAUGGAAAUCAGUGGAUGACCACCGUCCUGUAUGGAACCAAUUUGAAGUGCAACCUCCGGAGGCCCCUCAAAUCCGCAAGCACCUGAAGGGGAACCUAGAGCAGACAUCAGAGAAGCCGCUGAAGUUUCGACUGGUGCUGCACGAGGGCAUCGCGGCCUUCGCGAAAGCUUUCGAGGAUGCUGACAUCCGAUUAGAAGCUCCAUAUUUAGGUUUUCCAAAUAUCAAAGGCCGCAUCCUACACAAUUUGGGCGCGGACGAUGGCAGCAUACGUCGUGUGCGCCGCGUUCUGCACGAAGUGCUUGGCAGCCGACCUAUCCAACUCGAAGCAGACUUCCCAGAUUGUGGUAAUGCUUUCACCACCUGGCUGCAGGAACAGCCAUCAGUUGCUCUCAUAUAA